AAAGCGUGUUGUUGUUUACAAACGUCUUCUUGUGAUCGACCCUGGAUCAAGUCUUCACUGCAGAGCUGAUUAUUAGUGAAGUGAUCGUGUGUGAGGAGGACUGAUGGCCUCUCGGACUAACCCUGCCCUCCGUCCCAGGUAGGGGAGUGGUGCUGUAGACUCCCUGGCCUGGUCUGGCCUGGCCUGGCUUUACACGGAUGAUGUGAAGACAGUGAUCAAUAGCAGUAUUUAUGCACUUGAUUAUGAUGCGCCAUCGUGGCUGUGAUGAUCAGUCUGUGAAGUGAUUGAGCAGCAUUUGAAGGACCAUCAUGAUGGACACGGAGGAAGUUUCACAAGACGACAAUCACUGGAAAUAAUCAUGAACUGUUGAAGCUCAACUCGCUGCAUUUUGAUCAUUUUUAAAGACUUGUUUCACACCAACAUCACCACCAUGUCUGCGUUUGCUGAGUUCGUCCCUCCUCCUGAGUGUCCGGUGUUUGAGCCCAGCUGGGAGGAUUUCUCGGAUCCUUUAGGAUUCAUCAACAAGAUCCGACCCAUCGCAGAGAAGACGGGCAUCUGCAAGAUCCGACCCCCCGAGGACUGGCAGCCUCCCUUUGCCUGCGAUGUACGCAACUUCCGCUUCACUCCUCGAGUACAGAGACUGAAUGAACUUGAGGCCCUCACUCGGGUUAAGCUCAACUUUCUGGAUCAAAUCGCAAAGUUCUGGGAGCUGCAGGGAUCCAAGACCCGAUUCCCUCAUGUGGAGAGAAAAGUGUUGGACCUCUAUCAGCUCAGCAAGAUUGUGUCCUCAGAGGGCGGUUUUGAGACGGCGUGUAAAGAGAAGAGGUGGUCCAAGGUGGCCAGCCGGAUGGGCUUCCCAGCCGGGAAAGGCACCGGCUCGCUGCUGCGCUCCCACUACGAGAGGAUCCUUUAUCCGUAUGAGCUCUUCCAGUCUGGGGCCACGCUGACCGGCAUCCAGCGGCUGUACGAGGAAGGAGAUGACGGGGAAGAGGUGGACGAGGGAGUCGGCGAGGAGGCAGGGGAGGAAGACGAGCAAGAUGAGGAGGAGGACAAAGACGGGGAGGGUGAUGCAAUGCAGACCAAAGAGCGGCUUCUGCCUGAGAGACGCUCCAGGCGCCUUAAGUCUGAGAGGGAAAACAAGGAGCCAAAAGGCCUGAAGAUCUUUGGUACAAGUCCCAAGAUGGUCGGCUUGGAGAUUGUAUCAGCUGAUGACGGAUUCAACAAGAAGCAGCGUCACCUCAAAGCACAGGCCUUUGCCAUUAAAAUGAGACCGCGCAAGGAGACCCUGCAGGUCAACUUCAUCCCCCAGAUCGACCUCUACCUCUGCCUGGUGUGUGGACGGGGCGACGAGGAGGACCGGCUCCUGCUCUGUGACGGCUGUGACGACAGCUACCACACCUUCUGCCUGAUCCCACCUCUACAGGACGUGCCCAAGGGGGACUGGCGCUGCCCUAAGUGUGUUGCUGAGGAGUGCAGUAAGCCCAGGGAGGCGUUUGGCUUCGAGCAGGCGGUGAGGGAGUACAGUCUCCAGAGCUUCGGAGAAAUGGCUGACCACUUCAAGUCCGACUAUUUCAACAUGCCUGUUCAUAUGGUCCCAACGGAGUUGGUGGAGAAAGAGUUCUGGCGGCUGGUCAGCAGCAUCGAGGAGGACGUCAUCGUGGAGUACGGAGCCGACAUCAGCUCCAAGGACGUGGGCAGCGGGUUUCCUGUCAGGGAUGGUAAAAGGAGGCUGCUGGGAGAUGAAGAGGAGUACGCCAACUCAGGCUGGAACCUGAAUAACAUGCCGGUGCUGGAGCAGUCGGUGCUCACCCACAUCAAUGUGGACAUCUCAGGCAUGAAGGUGCCCUGGCUCUACGUGGGCAUGUGUUUCUCCUCUUUCUGCUGGCACAUCGAGGACCACUGGAGUUACUCCAUCAACUUCCUGCACUGGGGUGAACCCAAGACUUGGUACGGAGUGCCGGCCUCCGCCGCAGAGAAGCUGGAGGCUGUGAUGAAGAAGCUGGCUCCAGAGCUGUUUGACUCCCAACCCGACCUCCUCCACCAACUGGUCACCAUCAUGAAUCCCAACGUCCUCAUGGAGCACGGUGUCCCUGUGUACAGGACCAAUCAGUGUGCAGGGGAGUUUGUGGUGACCUUCCCCCGGGCCUAUCACAGCGGCUUCAACCAGGGCUACAACUUCGCGGAGGCCGUUAACUUCUGCACCGCCGACUGGUUGCCUAUAGGUCGUCAGUCUGUGGCCCAUUACCGACGCCUCCACCGCUACUGCGUCUUCUCCCACGAGGAGCUGCUGUGCAAGAUGGCUGCUGAUCCGGAGAGUCUGGACGUGGAGCUGGCUGCCGCCGUCUUCAAGGAGAUGGGAGAAAUGAUGGAGGAGGAGACCAAACUCCGACAGGCUGUCCAAGAAAAGGGGGUGCUGUCCUCAGAGCAGGAGGUUUUUGAGCUUCUACCCGACGAUGAGCGCCAGUGUCACAAGUGCAAGACGACGUGCUUCCUGUCCGCGCUGACCUGCUCCUGCAGCCCCGACCGACUGGUCUGUCUCAACCACGCAGCAGAUCUCUGCGACUGUCCCCUCGGCAACAAGUGUCUCCGGUAUCGCUAUGAUCUGGAGGAGUUUCCGUCCAUGCUGUAUGGGGUCAAGACGCGGGCUCAGUCUUUUGACACCUGGAUAAAGAGGGUCACAGAGGCCUUGGCUGCCGACCAGAAAAACAAGAAAGAUCUUAUUGAGCUCAAGGUUUUGCUGGAGGACGCAGAGGACAGGAAGUAUCCCGAGAAAGCUUUGUACCGUCGCCUGAGGGAGAUGGUCAAAGAGGCGGAGACGUGCUCCUCCGUAGCUCAGCUGCUGCUCAGCCGCAAACAACGGCACAGCAGCCGUCUGCGCUCUGAGAGCAGUCGUAACCGCACUAAACUGACAGUGGAUGAGCUCAAGGCCUUCGUGGAUCAGCUCUAUAGGCUGCCCUGCAUCAUCAGCCAGGCCCGACAAGUCAAAGAGUUACUGGAGAAUGUGGAGGACUUCCACGAGCGAGCCCAGGUGGCGUUGUCUGACGAGAUGCCCGAUUCCUCCAAGCUGCAGGCGCUGUUGGACCUGGGCAGCGGCCUGGAUGUGGAGCUGCCAGAGCUUCCCCGACUGAAGCAGGAGCUCCAGCAGGCCCGCUGGCUCGACGAGGUGCGUGUCACCCUGGCCGAGCCUCACCGCGUCACCCUGGAGCUGAUGAAGAGGCUGAUAGACUCCGGGGUGGGUCUGGCUCCCCACCACGCCGUGGAGAAGGCCAUGGCCGAGCUCCAAGAGAUCCUCACCGUCUCAGAGAGAUGGGAGGACAAGGCCCGCGCCUGCCUGCAGGCCAGGCCUCGACACAGCAUGGUGACCUUGGAGAGCAUUGUGCUGGAAGCUAGGAACAUCCCAGCAUACCUACCUAAUAUCCUGGCUCUCCGAGAGGCCCUGCUGAAGGCCAAGGACUGGACGUCUAAGGUGGAAGCCAUUCAGAGUGGCGGUAGCUAUGCCUACCUGGAGCAGCUGGAGAGCUUGCUGGCCAGGGGUCGCUCCAUCCCCGUUCGGCUCGAUCCGCUGACCCAGGUGGAGUCUCAGGUGGCCGCAGCUCGAGCCUGGAGGGAGAGGACGGCUCGCACCUUCCUCAAGAAGAACUCCACGUACACACUGCUCCAGGUCCUCAGCCCUCGCGUGGACAUCGGCGUCUACGGCAACAGCAAGAGCAAGAGGAAACGCGUCAAGGAGCUCAUGGAGAAGGAGAGAGGAGGCUUCGACCCCGACGCCCUGAGCGACCUGGAUGAGAGCCUCGAAGAGGUGCGAGACCCGUCCACUGUCGUAGCGGCCUUCAAAUCCAAAGAGCAGAAAGAAGUGGAGUCCAUCCACUCGCUCCGCGCCGCCAACCUAGCCAAGAUGGCCAUGGCCGACCGCAUCGAGGAGGUAAAGUUCUGCCUGUGUCGAAAGACGGCCAGCGGCUUCAUGCUGCAGUGCGAGCUUUGCAAGGACUGGUUCCACGGAGCGUGCGUGCCUCUGCCUAAGACGGGAUCUCAGAAGAAGGCGGGCGUCGGUUGGCAGAGCAACAGCAAAGACUCCAAAUUCCUGUGUCCGCUGUGUCAGCGGUCGAGGAGGCCAAGGUUAGAGACCAUCCUGUCGCUGCUGGUGUCGCUGCAGAAGCUGCCGGUGCGUCUUCCAGAAGGAGAAGCCCUGCAGUGUUUGACAGAGAGGGCAAUGAGCUGGCAGGACCGAGCGCGUCAAUCCCUUGCCACGGAGGAGCUGUCCUCAGCUCUGGCAAAGCUGUCUGUGCUGAGCCAGCGGAUGGUGGAGCAGGCUGCCAGGGAGAAAACAGAGAAGAUCAUCAAUGCAGAGCUGCAGAAGGCUGCUGCCAACCCAGACUUGCAGGGCCACAUCCAGACGUUUCAGCAGUCGGGUUUCAGCAGAGCCGCGUCACCUCGCCAGUCCGUGGACUACGACGACGAGGAGACGGACUCGGACGAGGACAUCAGGGAGACGUACGGCUACGACAUGAAGGACCCCGGCGAGGUGAAGCCCUACCUGUUCUGCGACGAGGAGAUUCCCGUUAAGUCCGAGGAGGUGGUCAGUCACAUGUGGCCGGUCGUCACGCCCUCCUUCUGCGCCGAACACGCCUACUCCUCAGCCUCCAAGUCCUGUGUGCAGAACAUGGGCACGCCUAGGAAGCAGCCCAGGAAGACCCCUCUGAUACCUCGCAGCCUGGAGCCGCCGGUGCUCGAGCUGUCCCAGCAGGCCAAGGCCCAGCUGGAGGAGCUGAUGAUGCUGGGAGACCUGCUGGAGGUGUCCCUGGAUGAGACCCAGCACAUCUGGAGGAUCCUGCAGGCCACGCACCCCCCCUCUGAGGAGAGAUUCCUGCAGGUCUUGGAGCCUGACGACUCUCUGAUGGAGAAGCCUCUGAAGCUCAAGCUCAAAGACUCGGAGAAGAAGAGGAAACGGAAGUUGGAAAGAGCCGAGCACCACCACAUGCUGAUGGCUGCAGCCGCCGCCGCCGGCGGGGCUUCGGUGAUGGGCGAAAUGCGACCGGCCAAGUCCAAAGACCUGAAAAGGGUGGGCCUGGAGCUGGGUCUCGGGGGCAAACCCAAGAAGAAGAAGCUCAAGCUCAGCCUGGACAAGAACCGGGAGAUGAAGCAGCUGGCCAAGCGGUUAGCCAAGGAGGAGAAGGAGAGGAAGAGGAAGGAGAAGGCGGCGGCGAAGGCCGAGGCCGUCAGGGAAGGGCUGGAGAAGAGGAAGGAGAAGAAGAUUCUGGACAUUCCCUCCAAGUACGACUGGUCUGGGGCCGAGGACUCCAACGACGAGAACGCCGUGUGUGCAUCCAAGACUUGCCAGAGACCCUGUAAAGACAAGGUGGAUUGGGUGCAGUGCGACGGCGGCUGCGACGAGUGGUUCCACCAGGUGUGCGUGGGCGUGUCGUGCGAGAUGGCCGAGAACGAAGACUACAUCUGUGUGGACUGCUCCCGGAAGGCCGCCGGGGGAGGCGGAGGGAUGACCGUGGAGGAAGUGGUGGUGGCGGCGGAGGAGAGCGUCGUGGUGUUGUCGACGUCGAUGUGCAGCGUGCAGAGCCUCCCGUUGUCACCGUCGUCUGUCGCGGCGUCCUGGUCUCACACGCUCCCCUCCGUCUCUCAUCUAAACCCAGCAACUUCACAUCCGCAGCAGCAGCAAGAGCCUCAGCAGGGCAGUUAGCGCUUAAAACAAAAAGACUUGAAUACUGUACCUCACAACAAGGAGCAUAACACAAAAACCUAGCAUCCAGGCUAGUGUUUGAACCUCUCGACCUGUAAGACUGCACAGCAUAUGAGGAAAAAGAACUUUACGAAUGAGUCGGGACAAACCAGAUAUGUUUCUGUAACUGCCUGGAUCAUAGAGCACAAGACAGAAGAGUCCUACCGUCACCGUAUGGCUUCAGCAACGACAUGCCCUCUCUCUCCGAGCGCUUAAGAUGUGUUGAAAAGGUUGUUAGUACACACACACACAACAUUUUAGUCCUCGUCUAGAAACAUCCACCAGCUACUUCCCGGUCCUCUCCUGAACAAUAACACCUCAUUGGUACGCUCACUUCCAGUCAAACCCUCCACUUACUCCAGCUGUUGUAUUCAGUGCAAACAGGCGAAUUAAACCAAUGUGUCCCCCCAGUCGUGUUUCACCGGACAUCCUGAACCCCCUCUGCCCUCCGUCAGACAGUAACAUCUCAAUAUGUAGGACUCCAGACUAGGAAACACAAAUGGUUGUAAUGUAGUGGAAUUAUUUAUAAUGUACAUACUUUUAAGCAAUUAAACAAAAUGGAUUGUGGCUUUUUUUUUGUUUUGUUUUCUCACCUUUAAUAAACUAUUCCUAGUCAAAUGAUU